UCCUUUUGUUUUGAUCUCCGGCCACCAAUAGCGCUGGAAUCGGUAGUAGUAAGGAGUCGCGCGAACUAUGGUAAUAUGUAUCCGGCAACAAGCCGGCAGAUCAGGCAGUAACAGACGUAAACAACUUUGUAGUUAGUCAAGUUGACCGAAGCGCAGGCAUGAAUCCAUUGAUUGAGGUAUUUAUAUAUCCCAAUAAUGCUCUACAUUAAACGGAAACCCCUCGGUUCGAUUGUCACAUGAAGUUAUAUUUUCUGUUAUACGAUGAAGAGUGGAAUUUGCAACGCGUAGUGUCUGUGGAAUUCUUUACAAUUUGACUAAUUCCAACGGAUAACCGUUGUCACAGCUGCAAGAAACUGUUUUGCUGCAGUAGUUGCCGUGAGUUACACGAACAGAAGAAGCACCCAAGGCCGAAAACGGACGCGGAUUGCUGUCUUUGUUUGUCAAAAAAAUUACCACUCGAAAAAUUCGAGGAUGCAAACUUCCUUUGCCACUUGGUUAUCCGUCAUUUGCCGUUGAUGUGCGUCUUGUGCGGUCAGAUAUACCGCAGCAGUUCGGAUUUAGAAAACUUUGAAAGAUGUGAGUUCUGGCGGCAGAAAAAAAAUUGCAACUUUCUACCUCCGGAUCAGGUGAAAAAACUUUCUGCACAAGUUACGCCGUCGCCUAUCACAAAAACUCUGUCGUGUCCAACGUCUUGUCGAAAAGAAUCGCCCUCUAUCGAUUCGGAAUUUCACAGCUUGCAGGGUUUUACUUUUCCCCAGGAAUUAAUGCGAAACACCAGCACUCCUAUGCACGGCAGUGUCACUGAUCAAAGAUCGGGAUUUCAUUUCAACAAUAAGACGUCCAAGUUUCCAUCGUUUCAUCUUAAAACCCCAAGAACCCCGAGGGUCGAGGAAAACCCAUCGCCAACGCUCUUUUACUCAGCAACCAGCCAACUGCUCACUUCAAAGGAUAUCAACUCUGACAGUUGCGUUUCAGCAAUUGCGGGUAGUGUUUCUUCCAGCUCAAGAUCAUUUGGCAGUGUUCACACACCAUCGAGGUCUACCGUCAUUGCGAAUCGCAUGUCAGAGGGUUGUUCUGGGUAUUCAAGAGAAAUUUUCAAGACAAAUUCCAGCCGGGCUUUGGGAGUAAUGGAGGAACAGGAAGAGCAAGUUUCUAUUUGCAUGGAUUUAACCGAAGCGCAAGAUAAUCUUCAAAAAAUGUUUGAUGCUCGGAAGGAUUCGGAUUCACCAACCGCACCGAAAUAUUUAUCCAAGAAAGUGCGGUUUUCUGAUCAGCACCAGAUCAUGGCCGACAGUACGGUUGACCCAGUCUCGGAUAAUGAAGAAUUUUAUGAAGCUCCCGAGAUCCUCGGGGGGAAAUUGGCCUGCAGUGUUCAAAACGACUCGGAUGCUCGGAUCGUGCAACAGAACGAGGACAACUCGGACAAGGAGAAUGUUGAGAAUCGAGAGGAAUCGGAAUCGUUCAAAACUCCCUCAUCAACUCCAUCAGCAACCUCAUCAAGAGUCGUAAUGAUGGUUGUUGUUGAGAAUGGGUUUGAGAUUUCAACGUCUAACCUCAUACCCCUGAUCAAUUCCAGUCUGGAGAAACUUGAUCAAACCAAACCUUUGGUUAAGAACAUCACUUCUUCGUUACCCAACGUUUCUAGUCACUUUCAACACCCCUCCAGUAGCUUAGUUCGAUCGAUUUCAUCGAUUGAUAGCUACACAGCUUCAUCCACUAAUUAUUAUUACGAACCUUCAAACACAUCUUCGACGACACCCGUCGAACCUCAAAAAAAUAUUUCGGAGUUGUCAAGUCAUGUUGGUGGGAUUUUUUCAGCAGUGGCUCAAGUCAUGAGAAACGCCUUCAGAGGACUUCCUGGUACGGGUCCAUCGAAAGGUUCUCCAACUAGGGUGUCAGAGGCUUUAACCGAGAGUAGAGGGCUCAACUCUACAGGAUCUCGAACAAGUCCUUCAAGGUUUUCGACAAUGGCGACAUCGCUUCUGCGCCGUCCGGGUAAGCGUUCAAGAGAUGCAAUAAACGACGCAGUAUCACCUUAUCGUCGAGAGCUGCGUAGCCCCCGAAACGAUACGGGAAGCAGUCCGGUUGCAAAGCGACCCAGAAGUUGGCACAGAAUUAGGGGUCGUGACCCCAUAGCCAGAAUGCGCACGGGUACCUCCACAGCUACCCGAGGUGUUUCCUCGGAAACCCAACACUUUCAGCAGGGUUCUCUAUCGGCAGGAGACACCGUUCUUCCAAUUCCAUCCAGGGCUCAUCAGUCGACUCAAACAGAUUAGCGUUUCUACGGCUAAGUAGUUUUGGUAGGCAUAAAAAACUAGAACAGAGGAUUGAAAGUAGGACCAAAAUAUCGAAUUUAUAAAGAUGUGAAAAUUUGAUUCGUGAAUUAUUAAAAUUUAGAAAGUCCAAGUAAAGAAAAUUGAAAAUAUAAAAAGUCCAGAUACAGAAAGGUCAGAACAAAAACCGGCAAAAUUUAGAAUCUGUCAAGAAUUUCAUACUAACGAGACGAAUUCCGACCAUACUAUAUUUUGAUAUUCCAUAUUCUAGCCUUUUUAUUUUUUUACCUCUCCAUACUUCCGGGCACCAUAUUUUAAAUUCUGCAAAUUAAGUUUUCGCUUGUUAAAAAUUUCAAUAUUGAGGCCCUUCUAUUCUUCGACCUUUCUAUAUUUUUACCCUCGCCCAACAGUUUUGCUGUACAAAAGAAGGAAAUGGUAUGCUACCACUUCUUCUGUUGCUUUUUUUACGCAGUUGAUUGCAAAUCUUCCAACAUUUCUAUGUCUUAAUUAUGUUGUUUUUUUGUACUUUUUAGAUAUCGUGUAUAUAAGUGAUCGAUUGUCGGGGUAUAAGUGCCAAUCUUAAUUCUUAACUUUACGAUGCCUGUUAACUAUAUGUGUUUUGAUUUGUUUGUCCAUAAGUGUCGUACUUUACACAUUGUGUUUUGCAAUUAGAGCAACUUUUUAUUGAAUUUAGACUGAACUUUCUCCGUGGUAUUUAAUCAGAAGUACGAACUUGAUUGCCACUAACGUAUU